AUGGCAGAGCGUGGUUUACCUUUCAGAGGAGAUAAGGAAAAAUUUGGUUCUUUCAACAAUGGCAAUUUCCUUGGAUUACUCGAACUUCUAGCAAAAUUUGAUCCUUUUCUAGCAAGUCAUAUUAAAGAAUUUGGGAAUAAAGGAUCAGGUGUCACAUCUUAUCUUUCUAAAACAAUAUGUGAUGAGUUUAUUCAUAUUAUGGCACAUAAAGUAAGAGAUUCAAUCUUGGAUGAUUUAAGAACUGCAGGGUACUUCAGUUUAUCUGUAGAUUCUACUCCAGACUGGUCCCGUAUUGAUCAGCUUACUGUUAUUGUGAGGUACGUUUCACCAAACGAUGGACUUCCAAUCGAACGUUUUCUAACAUUCCUAGAAAUGGGAAAUCACACAGGAGAAAGCAUGGCUAAGAUGGUGCACAACUACCUAAUAAAUGAGUGCAAAAUCGAUUUUAGUAAGUGUCGAGGCCAGUCAUAUGAUAAUUCUGCCAAUAUGUCAGGAAAAUACAAGGGUAUGCAAGAAAUAAUAUUGAAGAUUCACUAG